AUGGCUUCCCUCUUCUUCCUCUUCCUCCUCCUCUUGCCUUUCGCCAUCCUCCUCCUCGUUCUUGCUGCAAUCGUCCGUCCCCGGCCGGUCAGGAUCCCCCUCAAGGGUCGCCACGUGCUUGUCACCGGUGGCUCCAGCGGCAUCGGGCUCGCCCUCGCCCUCCGCGCCGCCGCCGAGGGUGCCCGCGUCACCAUCCUCGCCCGCGACCCCUCUCGCCUCCAGGACGCUCGCGACGCCAUCCUUCUCGCCACCGGUGUCGACGUCACCAUCCUCGCCGCCGACGUUCGGGACCCUGAAGCCGUCUGCCGCGCCCUCGAGGCUGCCGACCCCGUCGACGUCCUCGUCUGCAGCCACGGUGUGUUCCUGCCGCAGGAACUCGAGCGGCAGAGCCUGGAGGAGGUCCGCUUUAUGGUCGAGGUCAACCUCAUGGGUACGUUCCACCUCAUCAAGGCCUCCCUUCCCACCAUGAAGCAGAGAGCGAAGGAGAGUGGCCUCCCGGCCUCCAUUGCCAUCGUAUCGUCCCAGGCCGGCCAGGUGGGAAUUUAUGGUUACACAGCAUAUUCGGCAAGUAAAUUUGGGCUUCGGGGACUAGCAGAAGCUUUACAGCAUGAGGUUAUUGCUGAUAACAUCCACAUAACUCUCGUAUUUCCUCCAGAUACAGACACACCAGGACUUGCUGAAGAGCACAAGAGAAGACCUGAGAUAACAAAGGUAAUAGCAGGGUCUCAAGGUGGUAUGAAGGCUGAUGAUGUUGCUAAGAAAGCCUUAAAUGGAAUCAAGUCUGGACAAUUUGUUGUUGCUUGCAACUUCGAGGGAUAUCUAUUACAUGUAGCAACAGUUGGACUGUCUCCUCAAAGAUCAUACUUCAUGGCAUUUGUUGAGAUUCUUGGUGUUGGUUUUAUGCGGUUUGUGGCCCUGUGCUACCAGUGGAGUUGGUUCACCAGUAUCGAGAAAUGGCAUGCUAAAAUGAAGAGCGGUUAGUACCUUCUUCUCUUGUUGUUUUAGGUUUGUUGAUUAUUGCUCUAGAACUGAAGAGGAUUUGUUCAUCUGCUGUUGUCCUUUAAGCACUUCAAUGGCUGUAAUGCAGAUUUAUUGAGAGACUUUUGACAAUCUCCAUACAUAGUGGCAUAGUGCAUGAGUUCUCCUUCCAAUUAGAAUCUUGUACUGCUUUAAUGAGUUCUCUCAUAAAUUUAAUGUACUGUUUUAUGUUGUGAAA